AGAAGAACAAAGAGGAAAACGCAAGAGUAGGGACAGAAGAGAAGGCGCAGGAGGAGGCAAUAGAAAAGGUAUCAGAUUGGAUCAAAGGUGGAAUAAAAGAGAGAUGGUUAAGUUUUAAAAACACGUAG